AUGUACAAGUACUCGGCGAAUGUCACGGGAAUUGCUGCUGGUGGCGCCAGUACCUUUUUCACCGUGGAUGCUAAACGGAUCCUCGGCCCUGAGGAAGACGCCGCCAACGUCCGCGGCUUGGGGAAUGUGACUGUCGACACAUGGUCGUGCGGUAGAGGCAUUUGGGGCACUCUUGGAACUGGCAAGUGGAUUCACCUUCAAGACUCACCUAUGAAGGUGAAAGACUUGAGCGGGCUGGACGAGUAUGACGAAAAGACGAAGCAGACAACACCAAUCCGCCCUCGCGCAAUGUCCGUGGGUACCACCCACGUCGCUGCCAUUUUGGACAACAGAACAUGUCUCAGCUCUGCAACGACCGACUCUGUAAACAAAUCGGAGGACUUUGGCUACGAGGUGUUUUGGUGGGGAGGCAACGAGCACUUUCAACUGGGCACUGGCAAGCGAACCAACCUUGCCAAACCAAAUCAUAUUAAGGCCCCCCCGCAGAACAAGAAGCAGCAUGAAACUGAGGCCCGACUGCAGAUCAUGCCUCGACACAAGGGACCGGUUGGCAAGCGUAAUGUGAGUAUGGAACAGCGGGUUGAAUGUGGAAGACACGUCUCCGCCAUUUACUCCGCUGUAUAG